AUGUGGACUCACCUUGACCUCAACUUUGAAUGGACUCCCACCACUCAUCUCUCGUGUCUGCCGCGAAUCUCGCGCUGUGGCUUUGCAAAGUCGCUCUAUGAUCCCAGAAUCAGAGGUCCCAACAGAAGGCUCUUGGCAGUUCGCGAUGAAAAUAAGGCAUUCAAUCGACCCCUAACGAGAUAUUAUACACUUGAACUGGGAGCCCGGGAGUCCGGGAGCCCGGAGUUUUCUUCCCGUAGUAGCGCGUUCUUUUACCUUGCCUGGCACACGGCCAGUGUGGCCCGCGGGGGCUCGUUCAUGCUCCGAAAUCUUCGGUUCAUUGAGGAGUACGAGAAGGACGUUCUCAAGAGGACGCCUAGCUGGAUUGUCGUGGUAAAGACAAUUAUCAUACACGCCAGUAACAGAUACGUCGCCAGGACAGGUCUUUUUGGACUGUUAGGUGACGAGCCUGUGCAACUAGUCUAUGUCUCUGACGAGGACAGAGUCAAGGCCUUCCUCGACCUCACAGAAGAAUCGCAGCAAAAAGGCCAUGCCGUUCGUCCUCAGAAUCUCCGCAGAGAAUUCACUGGGGCAGAGAAGCAAGACAUCAAAUAUACGAUCAGCACACGCCAUCUCGGGGAUAAAAAUCCAGCUAUACGGGUAGCGAUAAUGUUCCGCCUAUGUAUAGAGAUGUGUAAUCAUUCACAUAUGGCAGAGGAGGGCUUUCGUCCCCCGCCGGAAACAAAUCCACCGCCACCACCGAAUAUAGAAUAUAUGCGUGGGAUUAGCGGACAGUAUCUUCGCGAAAGAGAGGUGUGUUCCAAGAUCACAGGGGAUUUCCGUCUGUCCCAGGAAACGACAGCCUUUAAGCUUAUCGAUCAAGAUGGCUACGAAGGCGGACUGGCUACCAUUGGACUUUCACCAGACUGGGUUGUCCUCGACGAUUACACAUAUGAGUAUACUUAUAUAGCCGAUGAAGCUGGCUCGCGAAUCGCCGAUUUCAAGUUCAGCGGCUACCCUACUAAGAAUGAGUCCAUGGUUGUGCCGAACCCCAAGGACAUUGUCAGAAAAGGCCUUUCUGACAUUCUAGGGCUCCUCAUGGAGAUGCAAGCCACGAUGAUUGAAAUCAUGGUUAGGCAGUGGGUCAACGGGCUAUCUGAAGAUGCUGCUCAAGCUUACAGCAUACCAAUCUUCAUGCCCAUGCAGGCUGUGGAAAACAUAAACCAGGCUAAAAACUUAGGAACGCAAGAAAAAAGGGGUGAAAAGGAGGAAGGAAAGCGAAAGAAAGACUUUAUUCUCCUUAUUGUCAGCGUUGUUCUGAUUUUCGUGCCUAUCGUCGGUGAGGAACUUGCGGCUGCUGCUGGACUUGCCACAAUCGCAUGUUCCGUUGCCAUCGCAGGUGAGCUUGCUAAUGGAGCUUUCGCGGGUUGCGACACAGUCCAAGAUCCCAAAUCGGCUGUUGUCAACGUGAUUGAGAUGUUGUUUGGAGUCGGUGCUAUCGCGAAAGCUUCACGCGAUGGCGAGGGGCUUGUGUCUAUCGCAAGGUUCCGACGGGCUAUGAAGGCAGAGGAGAUUAACGGCUUUGGCUCGACAUUCAAGGGUAGUGAUGACAAGCUCCAGGCCAUCUUGAAGGGUUGCAAGUAA